AUGGCAGUGCGGAUCCUGUGCCACAUUCUCGUCCUUCUCCUUCCCCUGCUUGUUGAUGGCGGUUGCUCGCAGGUGACGAACUUUUCCUUUGUCAAUGGUUGCGAGGCCGACGUCAUUCUCAAAGACUGGAAUGUCGUUGUGCCGGCAAAGAUGUCCUACCAGGUGUCGGAAUUGAGGUCCUCGGGCCUGCAGAGGAUCUCUUGGCGUUAUGUCGAUGGCCCGUGGGACACGGACUUUAUAGAGUUGAAUGGAGAUUGGAAGGGGGUUGGCACUCCUUUCUGCGGCCAUCCCAACUUUGCCACAUGGGCAGGAUUCUCCAUGUCCAGCAGGUACGAAGCUCUUCUACCGGGCGAAGAAACUUUUGCGUGUGCUGAUCCAGGGGCCGAGCUGACAUUUUCGAGAGUCAGUUGCCCAUCGAUGCAGACGUCGCGCUAUCUUUGCGAUUUCUUUGCCACUCAAGACAGCAUCAGAAGCUGCGGUAGCAAAGUUGCCAUCUACAUGCAGGAGCGCUCCUGGGCAAUCAAUCCAGAUGGCAGCCGAGUGCGCGCGUACAAUGCAACACAGAACGUUGUCAACUAUUGGUGCGCUCCAGAGUCUCCAGACUGGCGUGGCUGGGGUGUAGGCUCUUUCAUCGAUUGCACCCGGCACGAGACUCCGAUUCAUUUUCGCGUUACCACUUGUAUUCCUGAGUAG